GGGAGAGCGGAUAUAGGGACUGCGGGGUGCGGGGAGAGCGAUAUAGAAAAUGCGGCGGGUCCGGGAGAGAGCGGAUAUAGGGAACGCGGGGUCCGGGGGAGAGCGGAUAUAGUGAAGGCGGGUCCGGGAGAGAGCGGACCGCUUAUAGCGAAUGCGGGGUCCGGGAGAGCGGAUAGCGUUAAUGCGGGGUCCGGGGAGAGCGGAUAUAGUGAAUGCGGGGUCCGCGGGAGAGCGGAUAUAGUGAAUGGGGUCCGGGGAGAGCGGAUAUAGUGAAUGCGGGGUCCGGGGAGAGCGGAUAUAGUGAAUGCGGGGUCCGGGGAGAGCGGAUACAGUGAAUGCGGGGUCCGGGGAGAGCGGAUAUAGUGAA